AUGCUUUCUACAGUCAGACGCAUCCAUAUUUCCUCUUUCCGUUUAUCUGCCAAGACGUUGGCCGCAGGCACCGCCAAAGCGGUCGCAUCUGGCUCGAACAUCGCCGUACACCACGACAUAGACGAUACUUCUUGCUCCGGGUCACGCGCUGGAACACCGGGUAACUCUUUUUCGUCGUUUAAGGAAUACCGUGAAAUUGCGAAAACCUAUGGGCCACUUAGUGCAUCACUUGCAACGAAAAGAAAUCUUUCAAGAAGGGCAGUCCAGAUUAAAUAA